GAAAGUAAGUGGGUGCGAUCUAGAGUAUAAAAAGCCAAAUUCUUGAUGAUGAGCUAUCAAACAACCACCAGCGACUGAUCAAGAAACACUCAGUCGUUUGCACCAUGAAGCUCUUUAUUAUCGCUGCUGUGAUCUCCGUCGCCAUCAGCCAGGCUUAUGGUGGAUUAAGUGGAGGCGGCGGUGGUGGACAUGGUGGCGGCGGCUACGGAGGCGGUAGCUUUGGAUCCGGCGGUGGCGGCGGCGGCGGACACGGAGGCUGGUCCGGUGGUUCAGGAGGUGGCGUUGGAGGCGGCGCCCCGCAGUUUGCUAAGGUAGUCAUUGUCAAGAGCGUCGGAGGCGGUGGUUACGGAUCCGGCGGCGGCGGCGGUGGCGGCUAUGGAGGCGGUGGAUACGGAGGCGGCAGCCAUGGCUUGAGCUCUGGAGGCGGAAGCGGCGGAUGGAAGCUGGGAGGUGGCUCUGGACUCGGAGGCGGCUCUUCAGGCUGGAACUUGGGAGGCGGCUCUGGACUUGGAGGUGGCUCCUCAGGCUGGAACUUGGGAGGCGGCUCCGGAAUUGGAGGUGGCUCUGGAGGAUGGAAGAUCGGCGGCGGAGGCCUCGGCGGCGGAUUCGGAGGUGGCUCCGGAGGAUGGAAGCAGGGAGGCGGCGGCAGCGGCUGGAGCCUUGGAGGCGGCAGCGGUGGAUACGGAAGCGGCGGUCUCGGCGGCGGUAGCAGUGGAUGGAAGGUCGGAGGCGGAAGCGGUGGCAUCGGAGGCGGUUCCAGCGGCUGGAAGCAGGUCGGCGGUGGCAGCAUCGGGGGCGGAUAUGGCGGUGGCAGCAUCGGAGGCGGAUAUGGGGGUGGCAGCAUCGGAGGCGGAUAUGGCGGUGGUAGCAUCGGCGGAGGUCACGGCGGCUGGUCCGGCGGAGGCUCUGGAGGAUACGGAGGCGGCAGCAUCGGAGGAGGCUCCAAAGGCUGGUAGUCACCCCCGCCAGGAUUCUUUGACGUGGUCAAAUAUUCCUCACCAACACCAAUGAAACACGAACAUACACCGCCUGCGUUGAGUUUGCUUCAGCCAGCGAUUGUAUACCAAAAAAUGUUUAAACAAUCCCAACUGCGCAUAUUGAAAUAAAAGCAUAUCGUUGUAGCAUAUUUUUGUAAAAAGUGAAAAA